AAGGCUACGUUGGUCAUCUAUCGAAUUCACAGAUCAAAAACUCUAAAGAGAGAGAGAGGAAAGAAAAAGGGGUAAAUAGUUUUUCUCUUUUGGUGUUUGGUCGAUUUGAUUGAUCAGAUCAUUCCAUUCAAUUGAUUCUUCCGAGUCAUAAUAAUUAUAAGUAUGAGUAGCGGAGAUCUCUUAAACAUUCAGCCAACAGAGCUCAAAUUUCCAUUUGAAUUGAAAAAGCAGAGUUCAUGUUCUCUGCAAUUAACGAACAAAACCAAUGAAUAUGUUGCAUUCAAGGUUAAAACGACGAAUCCGAAGAAAUACUGUGUUCGUCCAAACACAGGAAUUGUAUUACCUGGAGCAACAUGCGACGUUACAGUAACUAUGCAAGCACAGAAGGAAGCUCCACAGGAUAUGCAAUGCAAAGACAAGUUCCUUCUACAGAGUGUUACAGCACCAAAUGGUGCAACAGGGAAAGACAUUACACCUGAAAUGUUUAACAAAGAAAGUGGAAAGGUUGUUGAGGAAUUCAAGUUGAGGGUGAUUUAUAUUCCAGCAAAUCCACCUUCGCCUGUACCUGAAGGAUCUGAGGAAGGAUCUUCUCCUAGGGCUUCUGGUGUGGAGAAUGGGAAUCCAGGAACUUCUUUGUUUGAUGCUGUAUCAAGAUCUCUAGAGGAGCCAAAGGAGAAAUCAGAGGCAUGGUCUAUGGUUUCAAAGUUGACUGAGGAGAAGAAUUCUGCUGUUCAACAAAAUCAAAAGCUUCGCCAAGAACUGGAAUUAAUGAGAAAAGAGAUUAGCAAAAACCGUCCUGGUGGCGUUUCUUUCCUGUUUGUGGUGGUGGUUGGUCUCCUGGGACUAUUAGUUGGAUUCCUUGUGAAGAAGUCGUAAGAAUGCUGGUACCAUAUAUUGUAAGAAGCCUGAUGUCGGCCUCUCAUCUCUAGAAACCAUUGUGUCAGACGCAUCUUUUUGUGUUAUUGGAUUUUAUUAAAACAAUUUUAAAUAGGUGAGACAACCUUCUCUGCGUUUUUGUAUAAAAAUUUGGUAAAUCUUUCGUCAUGUAUUACUGCCUUUAGGAUUUUAAUACACCAUAUGAAAGGAUAAAAUUUCUUUCUUUUCAUUUUUC